GCCCGGCUCAAGGUGCAGCGGAAGGUGAGCAGGAACGAGGAUCUCCUGGCCCCGGCAGAGGGAGCGAGCCCAGGAGCCCCGCAGCUACCGCGCUACGUCCGAGUGAACACCCUGAAGACUUGUGUGGAUGAUGUGAUUGAUUUCUUCAAGCGCCAGGGCUACUCCUACCUGGGCAAGGCCUCCAGCGUAGAGGAACUGAGCUCCCUCUCAGGGAAGAAAUUCCUGUUGGAUCUUCAUCUCCCAGAGUUGCUGGUCUUCCCUCCACAGACAGACUUCCAUAACAACCAGCUCUAUACUUCUGGGCACAUAAUACUUCAGGACAAGGCCAGCUGCCUCCCUGCCUUCCUCCUGAGUCCAGCUACUGGCUCCCACGUGAUUGAUGCUUGUGCUGCACCUGGGAACAAGACCAGCCAUGUGGCUGCCAUCCUGAAAAACAAGGGGCAGAUCUUUGCCUUUGACCUGGACACCAAGCGCCUGGCCACCAUGAACACCAUGCUGAUGCGGGCUGGGGUCACCAGUUUUGAGUUGGCCCAGCAGGACUUCCUGAAGGUUGAUCCUAGGGACUCCAAGUACAGCAAAGUGACCUAUAUCCUCCUAGACCCAUCAUGCAGUGGCUCAGGGAUGGUGAACCGGGUGCCAACAGAGGAGGCUGCCCCCAGCGCAGAGCGGCUGCAGGGGCUGGCUGGAUUCCAGCGCAAGAUCCUGAACCAUGCUCUGAGUUUCCCGGCUGUCCGGCGCCUGGCCUACUCUACCUGCUCGGUGCACCAGGAAGAGAAUGAGGAUGUGGUGCAUGCUGUGCUUCAGGAGCAGGGCUCAGCCUUCAGGCUGGUGAACGUGUUGCCUUCUUGGCCCUGCCGAGGACUUGCUACCUUCCCUGGGGCUGAAUGCUGCCUCCGAGCCUCUCCUGCAGACACGCUCACCAAUGGCUUCUUUGUGGCUGUGCUGGAGCGGUGUGGGGAAGAGGCUGCUGUCCCCAGCUCCCUGCCCACAGCAGCUGAGGUAAGCCUACAGCAAGGAGGGGGAGUGGACCCAGGGGCUGCUCACAAGAAGAAAAGGAAAAAGCAGCGAGUGAAAGAGUGAACCAGCUUUUCUUAGGACUGCACAUGGCCCAGCUCUGCUUCUGGUAGAGACCUCUCCUGCUGCACCCACUGCUGCACUACCUCCCUUGGGCUGCAUGACUGAAAGGCUGGAGCUCUGUCUCUGCCCCUGGACAGCAGGGCCUCUCUGAUGUAGACCUGUAAAGUAAAGCUUUGCACC